AUUUUGACUACAUGGCGCUACGAUGCACUUAUUUGCAUUUACACUUCUGCUUAUGUGUCAGUCAGUGCAUUUACAUGGAGUUACGAGUAAAUGGAGAGAGUUGCGAAUGUGUUUACAAAUGACUUCUGGUUAAAAAUUAAUUUUUCACCGGUGUUUUUAAGUUUCACAAACAUUAAAAUCAAGAUAUAAUACUUUUUUGAAUUGUAAUUUAAUACUUUACAAUUAUGAUUACACAUUAUUUUCACCUUGCAUCAUACCCAAACGUAACAUUUUUGUUACAAUUAGGAAUAUCAUUAUCGAUAUCUCAAAAAAUUAAAAUAAUGAAUCUUUCAAGGUUUAAAUGCAUACAUAAAUACAUAAAUAUUUUGUUCCGAAGUCUGCUUUGCGGCUCAAACAUGCUUUUUUGCUUCUGCAAGAUAAGAUUAUUUUUUUAUUUACUUACGAAUUCGUUUUGCACUCAACGCGUCUUAAAUUAAUAUUAAUAUGAUUUUGCUGAACCUUGUAAUGAAACCAUUGUCUGUGAAUUGUGCGUCCUACAACAUCACAUAUUAUAGAAAAAGAAAAUAGUGAUCAUAUUUAUAUUAAAUAAUUAAAAUUGAUAUGAAAGAAGACGAAUAUGACUUCGAUUCGAUUCUACAAGAACUCGGGACGUUCGGAAAGUACCAAAGGAAGAAUUUUGUUAUGUUAUCAGUAGUGAUUGCGUUCUCUGCCAUGUCAUUAUCGUUUGUUUUCACAACCAGAAGCAGUAAUUAUAGAUGUUACAUAGAAGAAUGUGAUCCAAUUGAUAUAAAAGAAGCAAAAUAUAAUGUUCCUUGGCUGCAUGAUGUUACACCUUUUCAACACAAUCAUCCAAUCAUGUGUCAACGAUUUGAAAGUAGUUUACCAUUAACAGGGUAUGAAUUUAUUCCCAAUUGUAAUGGGAGUUAUUUUAGUGAUGAAUUCACGAGGAAAUGUGAUAAAUUUGUUUUUGAAAAUGGCGACGCAACAAUAGAACGUGAUUUUAAUUUAACAUGUUCUGAAAACAUGUGGAAAUUAUCAUUUGUUGGAUCAAUGGGUGAUUUUUCAGAGAUUCUAGGCCUUCCUUUGGUUGGAUAUAUCUCAGACAGGUUUGGGAGGCGUAAUGUUAUGAUUAUUGGCUGUGCAGCUUCCGCUUUACUUGGCGCGGGAAAAUCUUACUUGAAUUCUUAUGAACAUUUCUUGAUAUUUGAGUUUUUGGAAACCAUGAUUGGGUCAGGAAUAUUUAGUGCUGCAUAUGUUAUUGCAAUUGAAUUAGUAACACCUUCUCAUAGAGUGUUUUGCAGUACUUUACUAAUCUGCAUGUUCUCAUUGGGCGAAGCAUAUUUAUGUUUAAUUGCAUGGAUGACUGAAUCCUGGCGUCAAAUGUUGAGGAUUAUCUACUUUCCUGCUAUUUUAUUCCUUCUAUAUUAUUACCAUCUGAAUGAAUCAGUUAGAUGGUUGCUUGUCAAAGGAAAAACUCAAAAAGCUAAACAAAUUUUAAAAAAAGUUGCGAAGACUAAUGGAGUAACCCUAAAUGAUCGUGUCAUUGAAAAGAUUAACAUUGGUGCAGAUGAUGUUGAAGAUGGCAGCGAGGAAUCUAUUUGGAAAGUUUUCACCUCGCCGAUUUUAUGCAUGCGGUUUAUUUUUUGUGCGUUUGUUUGGUUAACCUGCACAUUUGUUUUCUAUGGUUUUAAUAUGAAAUCUGUGACGAUUUCGGGGAAUCUUUAUGUGAAUUACAUGAUUUCUGUACUGAUUGAAAUCCCUGCUAAUUUUAUAUGUUACUGGUUACUGGAUGGCAAAAGAAGAAAACCUGUUUUAUGCUGGUCGUUGUUAAUCACUGGCGUUCUAUGUUUUCUACUUUUGGUUUUACCAAUGGGUGAUUAUGAAAUUGUUAUUUUCUCAAUGGGAAAGUGUUGUAUUACAAUUUCUUUGUCGACAAUGUAUGUUUAUGCAGCGGAGGUUUUUCCAACUUCUGUGAGGCAUUCAUUGUUUGCUUGUUGUUCGAUUUUUGGAAGAAUUGGAGGAAUGGCCGCACCACAAAUUCCACUCAUGGCUGCUAUUUCACCGUCAUUUGUUUAUACUUUAUUUAUGUCGAUGACGUUGUUAUCAUCCAUGUUGAUAUUGACAUUCCCAGAGAGUGUGGAUACGAAAUUGCCGGAUACAGUCAGUCAAGCAGCUGCAAUUGGACAUAAAACUAGAGAAUGAUUUAAUUAAACAUUUUUAUUUAUUGAUGAUGCUAAGGAUGUAAAAUUA